AUGCAAUCGAAGAGAAAAUUGGAUCAAUUAUUACAUGACACAUCAAAAAGAAGUGGAAGCAAGGGGUUGUUGGAAAAAAAUCAAGGCGUUUACAGCAAGAAUAAUUCUACACUUCAAUAUCGACGACUGCCUUCUCCUCCACCAGCAAAACCGAUAGUUAACACUCAAACAAAUAGCGGUACUGUUGCUGCUUUGGGAUUGUUGGAAAAUAAUCAAGGCGUUAUCAGCAAGAAUAAUUCUACAGUUCAUCAUCGACGACUGCCAUCCCCUCCACCUGCAAUUCCGAUAGUUAAUACUCAAAUAAAUAGCCGUAACGAUGUGACAUUGAGAUUUUUGGAAAAAAAUCAAGGCGUUAACAGCAAGAAUGAUUCUACACUUCAUCAUCGACGACUGCCUUCUCCUCCACCAGCAAUACCGAUAGUUAACACUCAAACAAAUAGCGGUACUGUUGCUGCAUUGGGAAUGUUGGAAAAAAAUCAAGGUGUUAACAGCAAGAAUGAUUCUACACUUCAUCAUCGACGACUGCCAUCCCCUCCACCUGCAAUUCCGAUAGUUAAUACUCAAAUAAAUAGCCGUAACGAUGUGACAUUGAGAUUUUUGGAAAAAAAUCAAGGCGUUUACAGCAAGAAUAAUUCUACACUUCAAUAUCGACGACUGCCUUCUCCUCCACCAGCAAUACCGAUAGUUAACACUCAAACAAAUAGCGGUACUGUUGCUGCUUUGGGAUUGUUGGAAAAAAAUCAAGGCGUUAACAGCAAGAAUGAUUCUACACUUCAUCAUCGACGACUGCCUUCUCCUCCACCAGCAAUACCGAUAGUUAACACUCAAACAAAUAGCGGUACUGUUGCUGCAUUGGGAUUGUUGGAAAAAAAUCAAGGCGUUAACAGCAAGAAUGAUUCUACACUUCAUCAUCGACGACUGCCUUCUCCUCCACCAGCAAUACCGAUAGUUAACACUCAAACAAAUAGCGGUACUGUUGCUGCAUUGGGAUUGUUGGAAAAAAAUCAAGGCGUUAACAGCAAGAAUGAUUCUACACUUCAUCAUCGACGACUGACUUCUCCUACACCAGCAAUACCGAUAGUUAACACUCAAACAAAUAGCGGUACUGUUGCUGCAUUGGGAUUGUUGGAAAAAAAUCAAGGCGUUAACAGCAAGAAUGAUUCUACACUUCAUCAUCGACGACUGCCUUCUCCUCCACCAGCAAUACCGAUAGUUAACACUCAAACAAAUAGCGGUACUGUUGCUGCAUUGGGAUUGUUGGAAAAAAAUCAAGGCGUUAACAGCAAGAAUGAUUCUACACUUCAUCAUCGACGACUGCCUUCUCCUCCACCAGCAAUACCGAUAGUUAAUACUCAAAUAAAUAGCCGUAACGAUGUGACAUUGGGAUUGUUGGAAAAAAAUCAAGGUGUUAACAGCAAGAAUGAUUCUACACUUCAUCAUCGACGACUGCCUUCUCCUCCACCAGCAAUACCGAUAGUUAACACUCAAACAAAUAGCGGUACUGUUGCUGCUUUGAGAUUUUUGGAAAAAAAUCAAGGCGUUAACAGCAAGAAUAAUUCUACACUUCAAUAUCGACGACUGCCUUCUCCUCCACCAGCAAUACCGAUAGUUAACACUCAAACAAAUAGCGGUACUGUUGCUGCAUUGGGAUUGUUGGAAAAAAAUCAAGGCGUUAUCAGCAAGAAUAAUUCUACUCUUCAAUAUCGACGACUGCCUUCUCCUCCACCAGCAAUACCGAUAGUUAACACUCAAACAAAUAGCGGUACUGUUGCUGCUUUGGGAAUGUCCGAAAUACAACAAGGCAGCAACACAAUAAAUUAUUUUGUUAAAGUUCCAAAACGGUCAUCACCAUUACCAUCCACAGCGAGAGCAUUGUCAAGAUUAAGAACUACCAAAAGUAGCAGUACCAAUAUCGAAAUAAUUGACCUAACGUCUCCACCUUCGAGUCCAGUUCUUAGCAAUAAGCAAGUGACGGUAUACCACAUUAAUACUGAUAUGCAGUCGAAGAGAAAAUUUGAUCAAUUAUUACAUGACACAUCACAAAGAAUUGGAAGCAAGGGGUUGUUGGAAAAAAAUCAAGGCGUUAACAGCAAAAAUAAUUCUACACUUCAUCGUCGACGACUGCCAUCUCCUCCACCAGCAAUACCGAUAAUUAACACUCAAACAAUAAGACGUACUGUUGCUGUAUUGGGAUUGUCCGAAAUACAACCAGGCAGCAACACAAUAAAUAAUAUAGCUAAAGUUCCAAAACUGUCAUCACCGUCACCAUCCACAUCGUCAGCAUUGUCAAGAUUAAGAACUAGAAAAAGUAGCAGUAUCAAUAGCGAAAUGAUUGAGCUGAUGUCUUCAUCUACCCCAACUCCAAAUAAUCAAUCUAGCCCUACUCUUAGCACUCAAUCAAAAAUAGUAUAUUACCCCUUGGAAUUUAAUAACGAAUUCGAAGAAAGGUUAUUUGGCACAUCUAGAAAUAAUGCAUACAAGGUUAAUAUUGCUUAUAAUUAUAAGGUUGACUGA